AUGGGACAAAGACUCAUGGUAUGUGUCGCACAAGAUACUUGGAAAGGCAAACCAAUUGAAGAUCCGACACUCAUUAAAAAACUGUUAGAGUUAUCCGAUAGAAAAACUGAGCAUUUACCAGGUCUGUUGCCUUUUGUUCCUGGAAUGCCUGUUAUAUUAACACAAAACAUUGCUAUUGAAUUGGGGCUUAUUAACGGAACGAAUGGAAUUUUUCGACAACUUGUGUAUGAAGAAGAUUCUGUGUCAACAGAUAUUCUUUCGGAAACAUUUCCAAACAACACACAAUACAUUCAUCGACCUUUAUAUGCAUUAGUUGAAGUUCUCAAAUCGAAGAUUGAUUGUAAUCUUGAACAACUUCAACCAAAUCUCGUUCCGAUACCAUUAAUGGAACAAACAUUUCGAAUUGAUAUUGCUGAUGUUCUACCAAAAGGUAAGAAACCAAAAUCAAAUCGAAAGGCAAUUUUAUCAAUAAAGCGGCGUGCACUACCACUCGUACCUGCUUAUUGUAUUACGACACAUAAAAGUCAAGGCCAAACUUUAAAUAAUGUUGUAAUUGAUUUGAAACUGCCAAAUGAAACUGAUGACAUUGCUGCAAUUUAUGUACCAUUGUCACGUGUAAAACGCUUGGCUGAUUUGGUCAUUUUGCGACAUUUUGACUACAAGGUUUUAUUAAUCAAACCAAGUAAAUCUCAACUUGCCGAAAUAGAAAGACUAGAUAAAUUAUAUUCAGAAACACAAAAGCAUUUUUCUGAGUGGUUUUAA